AUGGCGCCAAAGAUUGGAACUCCGCAUCUCUCGAUGGCUUCGGAGGAUACGAUAGACAGAGACAAGAAUCCAUCGACGCCGUUUUUGAAUCCAGAUGAGUCGUAUGCGCUGCAGCAGGCAGACGAGAAACUCAAGAAAAAGAUCCGCUAUCUUCGAUUCAUUGCCCGUCUCGCAGCCACAGCCCUCGCAAUCGCAACCGUAAUCCAAGAAUCCCGCACCCUAGCCAAAUACCUUUCCACGAAAAACAUACAAAGAGGUGACCCACCGCGGGGUCCUUGGGCGAAACAGACAAGUUUAUGGCCGUCAAUUAUGCUGACUUCGGUGUCGGCAAUUACGGUGUUGACAGGAUUACUGAUUAUGAGUGCAUAUGCGAGGAGUAUCAGACAUGCGAAUGCGAUUUCGCUUGUGCAGACUUGGUUUGUGUCGCUUGUUGAAGGGGCUCACGUGAUUACGUGGAUUGUGGUUGCUAUUCUGUAUCGUGUUGGGAAGUCUGGAGAUGAUUUAUGGGGGUGGGCUUGUAGUCCUGUUGCGGAGAGGAUUCAACCUGGAUUUGAGGGGCUGGUAAACUUUGGUAGCGUCUGCUCGAGAGGAUCGAGCCAAUGGCGCCUUACACUCGCUAGUGCAUGUCUACAACUUUUGACUGGUAUCAUUUUUUAUCUUAUGUGGCAACGCAGGAAGGUUAAGAAGACUAUGAAGAAGAACGGCAUGUUUAGUGAGGCUUAA